UCCUGUGAUUGCACUUUUUCUCUUAGCGAAGUAGGAAGAAUUGUUCAUUCUGUAGGAGAGCAGCUUGCCAGAUAUUUUCAGAUACUGCGUGUGAUGCCCUUUUGCUUUAUCUGGACUUCCUGUCAGUGAUGAAGUAAUUGCUCACAACUGGAUGUGCUAUGGAUUUCCCCUUUCCUGACGUCCCUUUGAAUCUGGUGCCAUAUUCAAGGGGAUCUCCAAGUAUUCAGCAACAUGAUGUCAUCAAGUAGACUAAGCAGCCAAUCAGAAGCUCAAAGGCAUUUUUAGCAACUGUUCCUUUUCAAGCCUUGACUCAUCAUGGAUAUAGCUGUCUCAGAUGACAAGGAAAUAAAGGAUCUAGAUGAAGAAUCAAUAUGGGACCUGAUUGAAAGCCAGCGCCACAUAAUCACGAGCAAGAUCCGUCCCUGUCACAUCACACCCUUCUUGCGCCAGUGCCGUGUAAUUGGGGAGACGGAUGAGGAAGAAAUUCUUUUUGCUCCUCACCUUAACCACCGGUAUAUGAGAACUGGGCACAUGCUUGAUCUUUUAAGAACUCGGGGAAAGAAAGGGGGUCUUGCCUUUCUGGAGUCUUUAGGAUUCUAUAAUCCUGAAAUUUAUACAUUAAUAACUGGGAAGGAACCCACCAAAGAUUGCAGCAGCAUACUUGUUGAGAAAGGAAAUUUGGAUUUAAUUCAGUUUCUAAUGAAUGAAGUGAUGAAGGCUCAGAAAUGGCUAGGAGAAGAGAAAUGCCACAGACAUCGGUUGCAUGAGAAAGUUCGAAGCUUAGAAGACCAAAACCAGCAAUUGAAAACUGAGCUCAAGGGUUUGAAGGCAGCUGAGGCUAACUUGAGAAGAAUUAAGAUGGACUGGACUCAUCACCAUGAUGAAAUGAUUCGGCUGAAAGAGGAGAAUUAUCAGAUAUUAAUGCGGUAUACAAAUACACUGCAGGAGAAAGAAAUGUCUGUGACACGGAGCAGAGAGUUAUAUCAACAGGUGGAUGAUCUUAGGAUGGAGAAUAAAAAACUAAAACUAGAAUUUGACGUUGAGCGAAGAAUGUCCUCCAAGCUGCGUGAAGCAUUCAAGCCGAAAGAUGAUGAACUUUUAAACUUAAAAGGAGAAAUUGAUAAAUUGAGGUUAAGAAUUCAAGAGUUGCAAGUGAACCCAGUGACAAUGGACAUGUUGGAGCAAGAACGUGUAGAAGCUCAAGAAGACAAGCAGGAUCUGAUGAAAGAGAUGAAUUCACUGCGAUUGGAGCUCGAUCAGGCUGAACAUUUGAGGAAUGAAUACCUGGAUGAAAAGGAAAAUAUGCUGAUGGAAUGUGCUACUCUGAAGAUUGACUGCGAUAUGUACAAAGAUAAAAUUACUUCACUCCAGACACAAGUUUUAGAGCUACAAAAAGAACGUGAUGAGGCAUAUUCGGCCAGGGAUGAAGCGCAAUUGCAAAUCAGCAAAAUGAUCAUGGACAAAGAUCUAUGUCGUCGCCAAGUUAUUGAACUACAGGACACGUAUCGUGAGUUGAAUAAGGAAUUGCUGCAGUUAAGGUCAAACAAGAACAAACAGGAGAAAGCAAUAAAUAAAAAAACUCCACCACGUGAAAAACCCAAACUGAAGCGUCUUCAAGCAGUGAAUCUCAGGACCAUCAGCUAUGACAGUGAUGACAGCAGUUGUAGCAGUCAAUGUGACCUUCCUAUGCAUCUAAAGAAAGCCAAAAGCUGUGAAUCAAUGAGCAGACUGAAUUCUUCCUUUGCUGAGCCACCCAGCAGGGAAUCUCUUUACAGACGCCAAACUGAAAAUACUGGAGAAGAAUCAUUCAGCAACAGACAUUCUAUUGAUGAUGAUGUUUUCACAUCAGUAGACGAUUGCACUGACACAGGCAGUUCUAAUGAAAAUAUUCCUGAUGUCGUACCAUUCAAAAAGUCUGAACCAUCACCUGAAAGCUUAUUGUCUAUGACUGGAGCCACCACACCACCUGAACAAGACUGGCCAUUUCUACGAGGACCUCCUCAUAUGAAGUUAAUGAGCAAAAUAUCUUCAUAUAAAUUCAAUGGAGAUGGAAUUCUGGAUCAAAUUGAAAUAAUUGGUGGGAAUUCAACUGGAAUAUUCAUUCACAAAAUCAAACCUGGAUCUCCAGCAAUAGCCUGUGGCCUUGAGCCAGGAUUUCAGAUCAUGAUGGUGGAAAAUAAUGGCAGAGAUCCAAAGAAGACCGUACUAGAGGAUGCCAGUUUGGAGGAGGCUGUUUGGACAUUGAAGCAAAUUAAAGGAAUGUGCUGUUUAGUCAUAAGGCAUAAGGCAGAGGCUUAUCAAACAUUGGUGGAAAAUAUUGAGAAGAAGAUUGCUACCUCUGGUGAUUCAUUCUACAUCCGCGUCAAUGUUCCAUUUGAUAAGGAAAGUGGGGCUAUUGGAGGAUUUACUGUCCAAUGCAAUGAAAUCCUGCACAUCACUAACACCAUUCACAAAGGCAAUAAUGAGUGGAAAGUAUUCAGAGUGAAUCCUAACACAAUGGCAGACAUGGAAGGAGGAACUAUUCCAAAUUACUAUCGGGCUCAGCAGUUGAUGAUUGGAAUGAUUCGGAAAAUGAUGCAACAGACUCCACCAAAUAAAAAGCAAGAUCGGAAAACAUCAUCUUCAAACCAAAAUAAAUUUAUGAGAAUAGUCAGCACUGAGAUAGGUCAGAGAAAUCCACACUGGUUAUCAUUUGACAAUGGUACCAUCAAUCCCAACAAAGAACAAGAUGACAAGUCUCCUGGCAAUUGCUUUACAUUAAUACCCUACUCAUUGGUCAGGCCAUGCCACCCACCAUCUCUGCGACCAGUGAUAAUAGCACCCACUCGCAUUGGAAAAAUUGUGCUUGAGAAGCUGAAAGACCUAGUUGAGUAUGAGAAAUGUAAAACUGAGUGCUUGAAUAGUACAGAGUAUGCUGCAAAAGACAGAAAAGGAGAUAUUUUGGGUGUGACUCAAGUACAGAAUCUACUUCGCUCCUGUUACACACGGACAGCUGUAGAGGCUGUAGUUGCUAAGAAUGCCCAUUGCCUAUUGGAACUUGGGCUGGAUUGUGUGAAGCGAUUACAUAAGGUGGAAAUCUACCCCAUUGUCAUCGUCAUCCAUCUCUAUGAGAAAAACAUUAAGAAAAUUAAGAAGAUCUUGCAGAAAUAUGGAGUGACAGAGGAUUUACUAUUGCAGUGUUCUCGAAGGGAAGAGUCUUGCUUGGACACAUUGCCAUGCCUGUACAACAGCAUUGCCGAUGGCUGGAGUGAUCUUGAUUCACUUGUCAACUUAGUCAAAGCUGCAGUAAAGGAUGAACAAAAGAAAAUUGUCUGGAUUGAAGACCCACUCUAAUGUGUUUGUCCAAGGAUUGGGCGCAAGCAUAGCUGAAGGAUUAUUAAGUAGCGAGUGAACUAUCCCUUCUUAAUACAUGGGUAUAGAAA